UCUUAUGUGUUAUUCUAGAUAGUUGAAUUUAAUUAGUGAAAAAAAUAUGGCAGAUUUCUUCAAGUCAGCAUUUGGGAUGCUUGGAAGCGGAGGAGGGAGAGAUGAAAACGAUUUCGUGGGCCAAACUGUAGAACUGGGCAAUCAAAAACUGCGUGUCCGUCGAGUGAUCGCCGAAGGUGGCUUUGCAUUUGUGUUUAUUGCUCAGGAUGUCUCGAGUGGUAAAGAGUAUGCAUUGAAGAGGUUGAUAGCAAAUGAUGAAGAGAAGAAUAAGACGAUCUUGGAUGAGAUUAUGUACCUUAAAAAACUGUCAGGACACAGCAAUAUUAUCCAGUUCCUAGCGGCAGCAUCCAUAGGGAAGGAUGAGUCAGGACAUGGACAGGCAGAAUAUUUGAUACUCACAGAACUGUGUUCAGGUGAAUUAGUGUCAGUUCUGAACAGUCUAGAAAGACCUCUACCAUGUGAUAAGGUGCUGCAGGUGUUCUUCCAGACAUGUCGAGCUGUUCAGCACAUGCAUCGACAAACACCACCCAUAAUACACAGGGAUUUAAAGAUUGAGAACUUGUUGCUGAGCAGUAAAGGGGUGAUAAAACUGUGUGAUUUUGGCAGUGCCACAACCAAAGUACAAGAGCCUGACCACAACUGGUCAGCUAUCAAAAGGAGUUUGGUGGAAGAUGAGAUUGCGAGAAAUACAACACCCAUGUACAGGGCACCAGAAAUGUUAGACCUUUAUCUUAACUACCCAAUAAACCAAGCUGGAGAUAUCUGGGCAUUGGGUUGUGUACUAUACAAAUUGUGUUUUAAUGAACACCCGUUUGAAGACUCUGCCAAACUGAGGAUUAUCAAUGCUAACUACACAAUUCCUGAAAAUGACACAGAGUAUACAGUAUUCCAUGAUAUGCUGAGGGGCAUGUUCUUAGUGGAUCCUCGUGAGAGACCAACUGUAAAUGACCUUCUGGAGCGGCUUCAGGAGAUAGCUGCUGCCAGAAAUGUAAACUUGAAAGAGCCUUUGGACUUUGGUCAGAACAUGGGUGCUCCUGCACCAGCUCAGUCCCCAGAAGGUUACAGAGCCAGCCCUGAGAGACGCCCCCCUCCACAGUAUGGAGGCUCACCCAAUCACAGGCCAGAAUCUGUUGACCCGCAGGGCUCAGGGUCGACUGCCAGUGCACUCUUCAGUUCUCUGAAGGGCGGAGCAGGAAGUAUCAUGAAGAACAUCAGAGACGCUUCUAGCAAAGUCAUGGAAACCGUGCAUGCCACGAUGAACAAAUCAGACUUGGACAUUUCCUACAUCACAUCCAGGCUAUCAGUUAUGUCAUACCCUGCUGAGGGCGUAGAGUCAGCCUACAGAAACCACAUAGAUGACGUCCGUGCAUUCCUCGAGACCAGGCAUCGCAACUGUUAUGCUGUCUAUAACUUAUCUCAGAGGUCCUACAGAAAUCAGAAAUUUGAAAAUAGGGUAUCAGAGUGUGGAUGGCCACCCAAAAAGGCACCAACUCUGGCUAGUCUGGUUGCCAUAUGUAAAAAUAUGCACCUCUGGUUACGGCAGUCUCCAAAAAAUAUAUGUGUAGUUCACUGCUUAGAUGGCAAGGCUGUAUCAGGCACAGUUGUUUGUGCAUUCCUGGUGUAUUGUCGACUGUUUGACUCUUGUCUGACAGCUCAGCACAUGUUCACAGCAAGACGCUGUACUCCUGGCUUGUCACCAGCACAGAAACGAUAUGUGGAGUAUGUCAGUCAGAUGGUUGGGGACAACCCUCGUCUUCCUCAUCACAAACCAGUUAGGCUUGUCUCCCUCACAAUGACUCCAAUACCACUUUUCAACAAAAUGAGGAAUGGAUGCAGGCCAUUUGUAGAGGUGUUCAUUGGGGAAGACCGGAUCCUCACAACAUCACAAGAAUAUGACCGCAUGAAAGGCUUUACAAUAGAGGAUGGUAGAGCCAUUAUACCACUGAACAUAGCUGCUGUAGGAGAUACCACCAUCGUUGUUUACCAUGCACGCUCCACAUUUGGUGGGAAGGUGCAGGGAAAGAUUACCUCCAUGAAGAUGUUUCAGAUCCAGUUUCAUUCUGGCAUGAUCAGUCCUGACUCAACAAAGGUUAAAUUCACCAUGUAUGACUUAGACCAGUUGGACACCCAAGACAAAUACCCUGACCUAUUCAAUGUGAUGUUAGAAGUCCAGGUCUCACCAAAGGACCGGCCCAAAACAGAACCUAGUUCUGCCUGGGAUAGUCUGAAUAAUGAGAAACGAAGUCCCAAAAUACUCUUUUCAAAUAGGGAGGAGCUUCACAACACAAUAGCUGAGUUUGGUGUUCCAGAGAAGGUAAAGCUCAGUCUGAGUCGCACUCCUAGUCAGAAUUCGGACGACCAGUUCCCAGAUACACCACAGGAUUCUCCUCAACGGUCAGCAAACAAACCUGACCGACCCAAGCCUCCUCGACCUGCACCGCCAGCCGAUAAAGGCAAACCUGAACGAGCCAGCAGGUCUACUUUCUUCACCACUUUAGACUGGCAGGAGGAGGGUGCACAACAGCCCACCACAGAUCAGUAUUCAGAAGAGGAGGCAGAGUGUCUGUUUGACAAUGAGAACAGAGGACCUGUGGAUUCCGAUGAUGAUUUUGAAGCAGGAUUUGCCUCUUUUUCUACCGAGCGUGGCAAGACUAAUGGUGAACACUCUGGCUCUAACCAGGCUCAACAGAACGAUGUGAACUUACUUGACACUGGCACUUUCACAAACAAUGACACAAACGGGGCUCCCAGUCAAGAAAUGGAUGCAGAUUUGCUGAACUGGUCAAGCAGUGCAUCCAAUAAUCUUGCAGACAAAGUCGAUCUGCUGGACAUAGGUAAAGACCCAUCCAACUUUGACAUUCUCUCUGGAGACCUACACACCAACACUACAACAACAACACAACAAGGCAACUCGAAUACUGGUGACCUGUUUGGCAACGCUUUUGAUCCUUUCCAGCAAGCCAGUUCUAAGCCACCCCCUAAAAACAAAGUGCAGCCCCCACAGGCUUCAAAGUCUGGACCAAAAUUUGAUGCUUUUGAUCCAUUCAGUAACUUAUCCUCGCAAGGAACGUCUUCAGGGAAAUCAGCCCCAGCCAAAGAUGAUGAUUUUCUGAACUUUAUGGACAGCCACACUGAUGUAACUCCGGGUACAUCGAUGAAAUCUGGCAUCAAAGACGAUGGUAUUGACCUGAUGGGAGGAUGGGACACCUCGUCUCUUAAGCCUCCACCUGCUGGCUCAUCUGCCAACAUCCCAAGGAACUUGAGCUCCCCAAAUCUGAAGACCAAAUUGUCGUCCAACCAACAAGGAUUGAAGCCACAGACAGGAAAUCUAGGCUCCUCCAAUACCGGGUCUGCCAAUAACCUUCUAUCUGAUCCACUUGGGGAUUUAGGAAACCUGGGCUUGAAAGGAAGCAGUAGUUUUGGUAGUUUAUCUACGGGCAAGCCUGGUACCUCUACUACACAGACGCGCCCCUCUGCUAAUGCUACCGCAUUUGGUGCCACGUCACGGCCUUCUAGUCAAGCCUCAGCAUCCCAGUCCCGCCCCUCUGCCCCGUUCUCAUCACAACAGACAGAUGGCUUCAAACCACAGGUGUUCACACAGCCAAACUAUUCCAGCGUGAUAGGAGACAGGUCUGAGCGUGGGACCAGAAAACAUUUUGGCCCAAAGCCUAAAGUGUCAGAAGAUGCUUUCGAAGAUCUUCUAGGAUCUACUAAGUUCACAGGAAAGAAAUCCAACGAACCAAAGACAAUAGGUGCCAUGAGGAAAGCUGACAUAUGUCAGGACAUGGAUCCAGACAAACUCAAGGUGUCAGAAUGGAUUCAAGGAAAGGAGAGGAACAUUCGGGCAUUGUUGGGCUCUUUGAGUGUUGUGCUAUGGGAGGGUGAGACUCGAUGGAAGGAUGUUGGGAUGCAUGCUCUAGUGACUCCAGACCAAGUGAAAAGGGCGUACCGCAAGGCUGUUCUUUGUGUCCACCCUGAUAAGUUGACAGGAUCACCUCAUGAAAAGAUUGCUAAACUGAUUUUCAUGGAACUGAAUGAUGCAUGGGCAGAGUUUGAAAAGCAAGGAAUGCAGUCCCUGUAUUAAGGCCUACCCAGGGCCCAUUCAUUGUAGUCUUAAAUGUUAAUACAAUGAGAACUGUGUGUACACUAGAUGAUGUUAUGAACCUGAAAAUACCAGCCACCAUUUUUUGGUGCACUCAUGUAUUGGUCAUCCAUGUAUUCACAACUCCCCGAGUACAUGUGGACAUGUUGUUCUAGUCUGUCACCAUGCACAGGUUUCACUGUAAAAUGACUGUUAGUGACAAUAGAAGAAACCACAAACACUUGCACACUGCUGAUGGGAAUAGCUUUUGUAAUGUCCUAAAUUUUACCUGCUACCGGUCUGGCUUGAGUUAGGAAGCUCUCAUGUCCAGGGUCAUCUGUUGAUGAAUUUUGACUAGAAAAUCUUUCUACAGUAGAGUAUUGGUAUAAAGUAUGAACAUCCGAUUUUCUUCAGGAAAAUAUAAGAUAUAGAAUCAGUUGGAUCCAGCUUUAAAUAAAGAUGACUUGUCAAUCUUGAUAUUUGAAUUGGUUAUUUAAAAAGGUAUAGUGGAGUGGUUUUCUUCAAUGUUGAACCAUCGAUAUUGAUGUUUGGUUAGCUCAUGAUGUACUAAAGCUGUAAAAAACAGGUAAAAGCUGUGAACUGAGAUGUAAUUAGUAGCAAGUUAUCGUGUCAAUGACAGGUAAGUAUAUUAAGGUGAGUAGAUGUACAUGUACAUAUUGGUUAUACAAGGACUAGUAUAUGCAAUAAUAUUGUUAAGUCAGCCUCUGGCGUGGAACAUGUUUGAUAUUCACCUGUUGGCCACACAUAGCUAGCCUCUAGACAAGAAUAGACUGAUAGAUAUGUAAGGGUAGAGUACUAUUGCAACCAUGUAAAGCUGCAGAUUUUUAUGUCAUCCAAACAUGAAGUAUUGGUGUGGUUCAGGCAGUUGUGAAAGCUGUAUCUGUAAUCCAGUGUCGAUCUUCCUAGAGAGAACAUCUGAACAUAU